AUGGCCAACUUCAUGAGCCUUCCCCUCGAACUUCAGGAUAUAGUAUACAAGUAUCUACUUACUGAGGAGGUUCAGCCAACAGCUCACAAAUACCCACACAACAUACCCAUCUGCAGUUCAAAGAUGAUCAGAAAGGAAGCUUACAAGGUCUACCUCUCCUCCAACAACAUCAUCUUCAACAACUCGGGCACAGCUUGUCUGUGGCUCGAGCACAUCUCGCCAUACUUCAGCACGCAAGAAGAAGAGCAACCCUUACACCUAACCUUUGACCUGCGUCAUGAUUGCAACCGACCUGCUGGGGAGAAGAACACACAGGAAGGGGAUCAGAAGCGCCUCUUCCACCUGCUCGGCCAGCGUACGAAGCUGGAUCUGACACUUAGGUCCGGCGGCCAUCUUGUCGGAGACCUGUAUCGUUUCCGUGCCAUGGAUCUUAUGCACGGCUUCGCUUCGGCGACAUCAUCACCGGCCCCAGCGGUUGACGUCUUCCCAUCAUCCGAGCGAGCGUAA